UUGCAUCAUGCCAACCCCCUCCAUACACUACUAACAUCCACUCUGAAAAGGGACCUCAUCCUGAAAAAUGUGCAAAAAUGCACAAGGAAAAAGGAUUCCACCAUGAGAAACAUGGAAUGUGGAUGAAAGACUUCCACGAGAAGCGCGGUCACGGGCCUGGUCAUGGCCAUGGAGGUCAUGGAGGCCGUGGUCGUGGCUUCGGACAUCAUGCAUUCGGGCUUGGAUUCGGUGACCAUCGCCAUGGUCAUCAUCGCCAUCAUCACGGGGGUCCCGAAUUCGGAAUCAAUGAAAAUAAACGCGGCCAUCACGGCCAUAGUAAAGGCCACUUCUGGGCCGCCGGCAUGAAACACAGCCGAGGUGGUGGCCGUCACCACGGAAAACAUGGAGGCAAACAUGGCAAAGGACCUAAAGGCCUCCACUUCCACCCAUUCAUGAUGCAUCAUCAUCAUCGCCACCACCAUCACAACGACAAAAUGGGCUUCACACCAGCCAUCGACAUCUUCAGUACCCCUGCUCAAACAAUCAUCCACGCUUCUCUUCCUGGAGCCAAGAAAACUGAUCUCAGCAUUGGAUACAAUGUAUCGGAGUCUACCCUCCGUCUGGCGGGUGUUGUGCACCGCCCUGGCGUGGAUGAGGAAAUGUAUCGUGCUUUAGUGGUGAGUGAGAGGGGUUAUCAGGUGGGGGAGUUUGAGAGGGAGGUACCCCUUCCUCUUGGUGUUGUGGUUGAAGGGAUUCAAGCCAGACUGGAGGAUGGGAUUUUGACGGUUUUUGUUCCCCGGGUUGAAGAGAAAAAGAAGGAACAGGAGAAAGAGAACGAAGACGAUCUUGUUGUGGUUGAGGAUAACGGCGAAGGAGAGAUGAAGAAGGGAGAGGAGAAGAUAUUCACUCCGGAAGGGUCUGAUGAAG